UUUCGAUCAGCUGUCAGUUUCCACGUGUGUUGUGGGAGAUUUCGCUGCGAUUUUCUGCAACAUUCAAAGUAAAAAAUUGAUCAAUAAAGUUUGCCUGACUGUGGAUUUUGUCCCCAUUCUGCUGGGCCAGAGUAUUCACCAUGCCACGGGCGAAGCCGAAGAAGGAGAAAUUACAAGAGACAGUACCUGAGGUGAAGCCGGUUUCAAGAACAGGAAAUAUUGCGAAUGAGCAAGCUACUGCCAUUGUGGAGAAACAACAGCAGAAAUACACAAGUCGAAGGACAGGGAAGAAAUUUGAGGAACCUGAAGGUGUUGUAGAAAGUGUUGUCAUCGAUGAGGAAAUUAGCUUCAGAAGAGCGAGCCUUGGAGUUUACGGGUUUAGUGAGGAGAUAGAACGGAAUAGUCCUGAAACGGUGGUGGAGAAGGAAACAAGUGCUGAGCCAGAUGUUGCAAAGGUAGUUGGUGCAAAAGCGAGGGGUAGGUCGGUUAGGAAAAGCAGAAAGAAAGGACUGGAGGAUUUGGAGGUUGGUGAUGGAGGGGUGACGAGGUCAACAGGUGCUAAAAAGAUGAAAAAGGAUGUGACUAUGGUUCAGAAUGACAUUGAUAAUGAGGAAAACGUAGAAGUUGAUGAGAUUGAAAAGUGUAUUGUGAAGUCAGGGUCCAAUACGAAUAAACUAUCCAGGAUUGGAAAUCUCAGGGCAAAGGUUAAAAAAAGUGCUCUGGGCCAGAAUUUCUUUGAGGUUGAUGCAGAAUGUGAUAUUGAAGACUCGGAGGGUGUUGGAAAAGAGGGUACGACCAAUGGAAAUGUCUGUGUUUCUCCAGACAUUGAUCAAGCUUGUGAACCAAGUGCAGCCAGUCAUUCUCAGAAAACUGGACAAGGAGUGAAGGAUGUUUGGGAGAGUAUCGUAAAAACCACUCGCAAGGACCCUCGCGCUCAGAAACUCAGUUAUAAAAAGAUAAAGAUUGAUCAAAAAGGCAGUAAAAACACUGGCACAGGCUCACAACCGGGGGAGUCAGGCAAGUCUCUCGCAUCUCCUCUGAGUCUGAGUGAGGACACUAAUGGACUCUUCACUGGCAUCCGAACGUACAGUAGAAAGAACUUGUCUGAGUGGAAGAAGAACAGUACUGGCAAUGAUGAAAGUGUGGAAGAAAUAUUAAGUCUACAGGGCCAAAAUUUGACAGAAUCUAACAAAGCAGAAGAAUCUGAGGUUGGUGAUGUUGUUGAGAAAACUUCAGAGGAGGUUGUGGGUAAACAAGGUGUUAAAUCAAGAAGAAAGGGUGGUCCUAAGUCGAAGGAAGUUGUAGAUCAUAAUGACAUUGACGGCCUUGGGAAUCUAGCGGUUGUGAGAGAAGCUGCUGUUUGCAACUCUGACAUAAUCGAAAAUAGUGAUGAGUUGGCAAAGAUUGUAGAUGGUCCUGAAGUUGAAACAUUGUCCCCCAAAGUGCGCAAGACUGCCAGGAAGGGCGCAAACGCAAGAAAAAACACAAGAAAGAUUGAUGCAGAACCGGAAGAUGAAAAUGAAAACCAAGUGGAAGCUGUUGAAUCUCUGGAUCCAGAUCUGAAAGAAUCUUCAUCUCAUUCAGGUGAGACAUCUAGAAAAGGUGUUAAAGGAAGUAUGGCUGGUACUCUUAAAAAGGAGUCUGCAGAAGCGACUGAGACUGAGGGUAAACAGAGUGGGCCCACGAGAAAAAGUGGUAGGCUUAGGAAGACUGGUAGAAAGGCUGAAACUAAACCUGAGGUGUGUUUAGACCAAGUGGAUGACUCUUCUGAGGGAGCUCAGAUAGAAGGUCGUCCAAAGCAUCUGAGUGAAGCCAUGAAGAAAAAUGGUAGAUCAAAUAAAGCUGUUUGCAAGGCAGAGAUUGAACUGAAGGACACCCCAUCAGUAGACAAUGCAUCCAUUGACAAAAUGGAUGGUGAGGAGUCGUGCGAGGUUGUCAAGACGGAGAGUCUGCAUCUGCAUCUGCAGACCACGAAGAAAAGUGGUAGAAUGAAGAGGACCAGCAAAACGGUGGAAGCAGAACAAAGCGAGGCUCCCCCAAUAGAGGAUGCAUGCUUGGACAAGAUGGACAUUGAGGAGUCUGCGGGAGGAACAGUGUCUGAGGAUAAACAUCAGAGUGAUGCCACGAGGAAAGGUGGUAGAUCUAGAAAGACUGGUAGAAAGGCUGCAACUAGCCUAGAAGACACCCCAUCGGUUCAAGCUGUAGAUGAAAUGAAUGUGCAAGAGUUGGUGAAGGCAGCAGAGACUGAGAGCUCUCUUUCUCUUGGGAUUGAGAACACAAGGGAGGGUGGUAGAUCCAGGAAGGGCGGGAAAAAGCCAGAAACCAAAUUGAAAAUUGUACAACCGAUAGAUGAUGCUUGCAUGGACGGAAUGGAUGUUCAGAAGGCAGCAGCCACAGAAGAGGUAACAGUGAUAAAGAUGCCUCAUCCGAAUGGAGUUGAUGCCAAAAGCGAGAGUGGUAAUCCAGUCACAAGUAAUGGUUGUGGAGAGGUUGUUGCAGGACUAGUGGAUUAUCUGGAAUCUGCUGAUAAAAUGCUUGAGAAAGUUGAUUUAUCAUUGACUGUUGAGACAUCAAUUUCGUCUGGGAAGAGUGGCCCUUGCCGAAAGAGUGAUGGUACAGUUGAUGCUGAACCCAAAGUUACUGUACAUGAAGACUCUAAGGAGAAGGAUGAUACUUUUGAAAGACUUGCUGAAGACGAAUGGAUUGCAGAGGUUGGUGCACUGCCUGCAUUGUCAGCAGAAGCAGCUGGUCCUGACAAUUCUUCUCCUUGUGAACCAAUGACUGAAGAUAAGAGUGGCUGCUCUGAAGAGAAUGAUCAAGAUGACAGUAAGUUAGGAGAUCUAGAUGAUACCCUGCCACUCAGAGUGCCAGUUCCUGAUAAUCUAAAUGAUGAUGAUGGUAUUCCGGAGUCUAGUGCAGUAGUUCUUAAGAGAAGUUGUGCAAAUGGUGAGGGCAAUGAGGAAGAGAGUGGUCAACCUAGAAGGAAAACUGCUAAAAAGACAAACACAGAUUCAGACAGUACUAAAGUAAUGAAGGAUGCCUCACCCAGGGUGGAAGAACAGACUGCAGAAAUGGAUACGGUGGUGUCUGAGGUGAAGACUGGUCAAUCUGAUUGUGCAGAGACUGCUGAAAAAAGUGGAAGGUCCAGAAGAAAGGGUAAAAAUGCUGCCAGAGAAAUUGUGGAUGCCCCACCGGUUAAGAACGACCAAGAGAGGUCAGAGUGGAAAAGUACCCCAGCUGAUUCUGCAGGUAUCACGAGGAAAGGUGUAAGAUCCACAAGGAAAGGUAGAAAGACAGACAAGGAAAUUGAGGAUGGUUGUCUCGAGCCGGUGGAUGAGAGAGCAGAAAUAGGUUCACAUGAACCAGAGGUGAAAAGCAGUCCAACUGAUAGCCCUGAGAACAAAAGCAAAGAUGCUGAAUCAAGACGGAAUGAAAGAAAGUGUGAUGGAGAAGUAGAAGCCACCCCACUGGUAUCGGAGGAACUGGGUGAGGUGAAUGUUUCUCAACAACCAGAUAAGGAAAGUAAAGAGAAUACAAUAUCUAUGGAAAAUGCUUCACCCACACUUGAGGAACAGAUGGAAGGAAUGGCUAUGCAAGUUUCAGAGGUGGCGGUGGCUGUGAUGAACUGUGGUCCUUCAGCGGAUGAAAGGAUUGUGAGAAAGAGUGGAAGACGUGGAAAAAAGGGAAAAAAGACUGACAAUUUGAAAGAUGCUGACAACGUUCCAGGUGAACAGAUGGAAAGUAUGGAUACAGAGUCAGUUGAGCAAGCUAUUACUGUACAAACUGAAGUGACUGCUGCAGUGACGGCAACUGGGGAAACGGGCGGUAGGUCCAGAAAGAGUACUAGACAAUCUGCUAAGAAACCAGUGACAAACAAUAAUCAAGAGGUGGGUGACCUGAAAAGUAAUGCAUCGGAUGAGAUUAUUGACAAGGUGGAAGAUGCUGUGAGCGGACAAGGUGAAGAAAUUGAACCCACUAUUGGCCAAGAGAUGGCUGUGGAAGCUGAAGUGGAUUGUACCCCAUUGACUGGUAAAGAGAGUGUGAAAAAGAGUGGUCGAGUAAGGAAGAAACCAAAGAAGAAUCUUGAAGAACAAGCUGAUGUGGUUACUUCACCACUUAAGGAAUUAGACGAGCAGGAAAAAGCUUUGGCGAAAAGUUGUCCUCCUGGAGAAGAAGUAAGAAGAAGUGGUAGAUCAAGAAAGAAUGAUGAAAAGGUGAAAGAAAUUGUUGAAGAGAGAUCACAAGUACGGGAUGAACAUGAUAAAGAAGCAUGUCACCAAGAGACAGUAGAUGUGGUCGCAUCGGAAACGACUCCACCAAAGAGUGAUGAGGAUGUCCAGAGGAGUCGUAGAACAAGAAAAAAUGGUGGUGAAGCCAAAUAUGCAUUGCCUGGUGAGGCAAAAAUGGAGGAUCAGGACAAGACUGCUGGCGUUGAUGCUGACCAGAUCCAGAAGAUACGAAAGAGUGGUCGAUCGAGGAAGAAAGAUGGCAAACAGGAGGGUUUAUCAGUGCCAGCUGACUUAGUUGAGAACCCAAAAGAAGGGAAAGAUAUCCAAGAGGCUGCUGAAGUUGAUCAGUCUGAAGUCAUUGCAGUAGGAAGAGGUAAAAGAUUGCAGAAAAACAGUGUUGAAGCCAAGGAAAAGACGAAUGGCAUUGAAACUCCUGAGGUUCUGGAGACCGAUGUGAAGGGCCCUCUGGAGGCUGCCGAAAUAGAAAUCGCGAAGUCUCUCUGCCAAGUUGUUGAUGAUAACAAUAAUGAGACUUUGAAGCAUGUGGCCAUGGAUGUUGUGGAAACGGUUGAAAAAGCUGUGCAGGAGGACAUACAUUGUGUUGAUAGUAAACGAAAAGGACGAAAAAACAUCAGACGGCAAGAUCUUAAGGAGCAGAGUCAACUGGCAAGUGCAGCAGAUGACUUGUCACUGGGUGUUGAGAAAAUGGUGGCUGUAACUGCACAGAGCACAGUUAGUAACAGUGGCUUUUGCAAUGACAUCCAGACAAUAAAAAAGAGUAGCCGGUCAAGGAAGAAAGGUGGAAAGGCAGCCAGAGAACCACCUAGAUCUGAGCUUCCCAUCAUUGAUGAAACAGAAAGGACAAUGUCUGCUGGAGAUGCAGAGGAAGAUGGCAGAACAGGUGUUGCAUCAGAUGCUUCUGAAGUUGGACUUCGUGAAGUCGUGCCUGGUAAACAGGAUUUCCCUCAAGACCAAGUACCAUCAUUAGUUGAAAAUCUCACAUCGGAUUUGAACAAACGUGAAAGUGUUGCUUUAGAAGCUGAAUGUCAAAUACAAAAUGUCCAGGGUGGUACAAUAGAGGACCAAUGUCAGCCAGCAGAGGUCAAGUCAUCAGGUAUUCAAAGCAAGUCUGAAGUAUUGCACUUGCAGGGGCCACCAGUUGUUCAAAGCUCAAAUCUGGUCACCAAGGUUUCAUCAGCAGGAGUUGCAACUUAUUUCCCAACAAUAGUGAACAUAUCAUCAUGUGAUCUCCAAACUCCCUUGUCUGAUGUUCACAGUGUUACUGAAGGUGUUACUGAAGUUAAACUGCCUGACGUUCCAAGUGAAGAGGCAGUAAAGCUUCGGCAUGAAGGGCCAGUUGCCUCACCAUUUAUGAUGGCACGGAAACAACACAUCAAGACGCAGCCAAUCACACCUCUAGUUCAAGUACCAAUUCUGACUAUAAAGAACGAACCUAUCACCCCAGUCAUCCCUAUCGGAAUUAACGUCAUGGGUACUGUUCAAAAUGUCAAGAAAGAACCUAUUACUCCAAGUUUUCCUGCCCAGCAACAAAGUGUUUUCAGUGCAGGAGAAAAUCUCAAGAAGGAAGCCAUACUCCCAAAUGUUGCUGCCCAGCAGCUGAGACAAGAACUAUUUUCUUCUGAUCAUGUUUGUGACAAAGAGGUGGAAGGAUUGAAUGAUGUCGGACUUGCAUUGCAUGGCAACGGGAAGAGGCGAUUGAUGUCUGAAGAUGACAUGUCACCUGCUGAGUCUUUGAAAGAGUAUCAAAGUGGCUUCUGGGACGUUGUCGAUGGUAACAGUGAACGAGUCGAAAGCUCGACUUUGGAUGUGACUGUUGAUGAGUUGGAUUUGAAUGGGAAUAAUGUUACUGAUCUUAAAGAUGCAGUGGAAGUAGAAGCUGAUGUCCAUGCUGAAGUUGAUGGGACUACUGCUACGGUUGUGCCUCCUAGUGAUGGGUUGGACAGUUCGAAGAGUUGUGAUAGGUUAAGGAAAGUCAUUGGGUCGAUGGCGACAACAGAUCGUGACGCCGUUGAUGAGAUCAUGGAGGAAGACCUUCCAGUUCAAGCUGGUGGGAGGAAACGUGGUGGCAAUCGUGGCAAGGCGACAAAAAGAAAACCUAAUGAAGAGGAAGUGAAGGAGGUCCGGAAGUCCAAGCGUAAUAAGAAGUUUGAAGAGGAGGAUGCAGAGCCUGGUGGAAGUGGCUCAAUUGAGGCAAAGCCAACAAGAUGUUACAAGAUUGGUCCCAGUCGGAAGGAGGAUAUGUACGUUGGAGCCCAUGUUUCAAUAUCUGGUGGUCUCCACAAAGCAGUUGCAAAUGCUGUUGAAGUUGGUGCUCGGUCGUUUGGGUUAUUUCUACGAAGUCAAAGGCAGUGGUCCGUGAAACCAAUCCUGGAUGAAACCGCACAGAAAUUCAGGAAGGCUUGCAAGGACCAUCAUUUCCCGCCUCAUUUGAUCCUUCCUCAUGGCUCCUACCUCAUGAACCUCGGAUCACCCAAACCAGAUCUCCUGCAGAAGAGUCGAGAUCUCCUGGUUGAAGAACUCUCAAGGUGUGAACAGUUGGGACUGGAGCUCUUCAACUUUCACCCAGGAUCCACAGUUGGUGAGACAAGUGUUGAGGAUAGCAUCUUAAAGAUAGCUGAGAGCAUCGAUUGGGCUCAUUCUAAAACAAAGUACUGCAAAACAGUUAUUGAAAAUAUGAGUUGUCAGGGCCACACAAUUGGGGGCAAGUUUUGUGAACUUCGGGCCAUCAUAGACUUGGUGAAAGACAAGAGUCGCAUUGGUGUCUGUCUUGAUACAUGCCACGCAAUGGCUGCAGGAUAUGACCUCGGCACAGAGAAGGGUUUCAACCGAAUGAUGGAUGACUUCACAUCCAUAGUUGGACUUGAUUAUCUUGUUGGUGUUCAUCUUAAUGACUCUAGGGGUGAAGCUGGCUGCCAUAAAGACCGUCAUGAAAACAUAGGGCAGGGACAAAUCGGUCGUGCGGGUUUCAGACGGAUAAUGAAUGACGCACGAUUUCAUAACCUUCCAAUGAUAUUGGAGACGCCAGCUGACAUCGAUGACGUGAUCGAAAUUGAACUUCUCUAUAUGAUGUGCAAAAACAAUUGAGGGAAUGUGGUUGUUGGUUUUGCAAAGGAAAGUUCUGUGAUUUAAAAACUUAAAAUCUCUUUUAGACGAUUAAAUACUUCAGGCAGCAUUGACAGUCCUGGUGUGCACAAACAUGGCAUUGAUGUAGUGAAGUGUAGUGAACGAUUGAAUCUGAAGAAUGGGAUAUAUUUUGUGUUCGAUGGCAGUGUUCUAUGUCAAGUAAUCCCUUUGAAUCCUUGGGUACUGAUUGAUUGUAUGUCGCCCACCUAUCCGGUCUAGCGGAUACUUGAUAACUUGAGUAUUACAUGCGUUUUAUGAGUUUUCCAUUGCAUCGUGCAAUGCAUUCAUAAAGCGGCUCCAUUGAGUACUGAUUGUAAAGUGUAAAACGAAAUCAAGUUAGAAAUGUUUAUGCAUUAUUCUCAUCAACUCAAAAAUGCAACAGGGAAAUGUUGUCCCUGUUAUUGUUCUAUGCAUCUGCCCCCAGUACAUGUAAGUUGUCAGGUUACAGAAUAAGUGGGACUUUCAAAGCUCUUCAGUUCUCGAGUUUCUAGGUAUGCGCUGCUAUUUUGUAAAACUCAGGUUAUCGAAUGUAGGCUAGACCUGCUUAUUUCUGUAAAUUUGUAACAAGAUGAUGUAAUUGAUUUGUUGUUUUUCACUCAAUCUCUUUAUGUCCAUCCUCCCACAGAAGGCCUUUGUAUCGUUCCUUCAAUACACUCAAUCAAUUCCCUGCUGACAUUGGCCUGAUUUGGUGAGAAAACUUGACCAUGACAUCAAAUUUGCGUCGCCCCACUUCCAUGUCUCCAAAUAGGCUGCAGACUAGUGUAGUGUAUGUGACGGACUCAGAUUGGGCCGUCACUUACUGACUGCCACCAGCUCUUGUGUGAGAUCCAAUUUAGCAGAGCUUUGUGUGAAUGUAUUUUACAAAUGAUCCAAAUACCUGAUACGUAUGGGAGGAUGCUUAUAUCGCACACAUGGAUACUUGUUGUAAAUCUUUGGUAAUCAAAAGAGUGUCAUAACUUUUUCUGCUCUUUUACCUUAUAUAAUCGCAUUUUUGGAUAGGCAGUUUAUUUAUAGCCAAGUUAUAGCAUUUAUUGGAACGUUUGGGUUGCAAUAGCCCCAGUUUUCAUUUAAAGCACACGUUAUAUUUUUCUUUCCUGUAAGUUUGGCUUUGUCAAGGAAUUUGGCUGUAGUUUUGUAUGUUAGUUUGAUGUUGGAGUGAAAUUUCUUUUUACUUUGGAAUGGACAGUGAUCUUGAUGGGUUGGGGGGAAGGAGAUGAUGUUGACUUUUCGCUCAAUUGAUCCUCCUUGGGAGGUCAAAAGAUGUUGCAUUUGGAUCUAGAUCUGCCAAAACUCCAUGUCGCAGUGAUUCUGCUUCACUUACUAAUCUCAUUCCAUUGCACAGUUUUUCAUGCGGGUGGUGUUGUUCUCACCUUGUAAAUUGCAUUUAAUUUUAAAGGAAAUAAUCAGUCUAUUUUGUAUACAUGACAUUUAUUACUUUGUUUCGUUUUGUUUAUAGAAUUCAGAAAUAAA